GUUUUGUGGUCAGCGUCAGCCUCAGUUACGCUUGCGUUGGUGUCGGUCGUGAGCAGAUGAAGAAGAGGAUGAGGAGAAGUUUACAAAAAUUUGUGCUCCGAAGUUGGACCGUUCUUACCGGAAAGUAAUUAUGGGUUUGCGGCAACUCGACGUUUUGAUUCCCGCCCACAAAGUCCGCCCAUCCCAGUUUUGUAAGAUCCCCCUGUUCCACGUGAUUUUUUCGAUCCUGUGUGUACUAUUGUUCCAUUCCUCUUCUUCAAUCGACAGAUCAUUUCCAGUCGCCGACAUCAACAGCGCACCAGCAACUAGUACAUACGUCGUUUUAUUUGGUGGUGUAGUUGGUGUCGUUGCUGCCGCACCAGUGGUCCCUGCAUCAACGCCCUCUACUUCAACCUCGUCGUCUUCAUCUUCCUCCGCCGCAACCGACGGAUUAAACGCUUGGCCAACUACUACGGGAGGCGGUAGCAGUACAGCAGUCGCAGCAGCAGGGGCCCCCGCAGUUCUUGUACAGCCCACAGCCGCGCGGAACCCGGUAUUCUCUUCGCCGCAAGCGCAAGAAGAAGGGGGGCAUCGUGGUUAUUACUACACGAGCUCGACCUCUGGCGAAAAUGACGGAAUCACAUCCGGUGGUCCUCCUGUCUUCAGUGCUGCAGGCGACGCUGCAGCGCUAGUUCUACCCGUAACUAGUCCCUAUCUUCCUGGAGAUGGAACGGCUCAACAUGCCGCAACGCCCUACAGCAACCUUCCGACCGAGCGGCUGCUCCAGCCGCACGACCCAAACUUGCCGACGCAGCGGUUUCUGGGGGAGCCGCCACCGUUAGUUUUAGCUGAAGUCGGCUUGAGGACCGCGUGCUACCUGCCGGAGGAGCACGGACAACGGGAUGAACAACAGCUGCCCGCGGGUGGAACUACAGCCUCGACAGCGAUUUGUGCUGUUGGGGCUGCAAGAAGCUGCGAAGUAGGACAACAAGAUUCAUCUUUUCAGCAGCGCCGGGUUGUUGACCCUGCUCUGGACGUUACCCAGCCGGUCCCGCCGAUUUUGCCUUACCCUCACGCCGGGAGUAAUGAGUCAACCCCAAGGACGAGCGCAGCACGGGAUGUUGGAGGUUUUACUGCCGUUACUUCGAGUACUAGACCUACGGUCAAAGCCGAGGCUGCGGGACCCUUGCCACCCCCUCCUGGGGUAGUUGUACAACAACUCGGGUCUGUCUCUAGUGUAGGAGGUGACGCAACUGGUUGUGCACCUGGAAAGGGUCCGAGCAGAGGUCCUCAAGCAGAAGAAAACCAGGAAACUCAUAGAGCCGCUGACGAGGAUAGAACCGGAGUUGGAGUAGACGAUGCUGCUGAUCGACGUGAUGUCUCACUAUCAGAAGCAGCUCCUCCCGCCCAAAUCUCGAUUCUGCGUCCCCGCUCCAGUUCCGCGACAGACCAGCAGCAAGAAGCAGCACUUCUGCGCCAGCACCAGCAGCAAGCCACCCACCUACACCGGUCCACCUCGGCGGAAAGCACGGAUUUUUUCCAGCUCAGCUCGGAAUCGGGUGGGGACAGCGGAUCGCCUAAUAAUUUACGGAAAAGUGGGAGCAGCUUGGUAAGCCUGCAGUGUCGGGACACGGAGGAGGAAAUGCAGGGGAGGCGGAUCGCGAAUCUCCUCGGCGCGGCGGCGGCGAUCGGUUGUUCAGGUGUAGUUGAUGUUCCACCUGGCGGGACUGGAGGUACCGCGCCAGCCGUAGUUGUUCCCCUUGAUGUUGAUCAUGGGGCUUCAUCUUCAACAAGAACUGCAGGACUGGCCAGUAGCACUGCAGCACCUUCUGUUGCACCUGUGUUGGUGCCUGAAAAUCACGACUCAGGCCGGAAUCUUCAUGCUGGCCACCCACAAAUAUCACAGUGCCAAACGCAGUUUGUGGGAGGUGCUAGUUGUAGUACUAGCAGUCCACAACUCGUCGUAUCAGCUACUGUGGCUGCCCCUGUCGACGUAUCUUCUCAACAAGAGAAUCACCAAGCGAAGACACGGGAGACGAUGAUCUCUUCCGCGGCGGCGGGCCAAGGUUGUUCUGAACAACCGCAAACAAAUCAAGAGGAAGAACUCGAGUCCCAGCAACAGCAGCUGCUCCUCACCGAAUUACGCGACUUCGCGCAGGAAACCGCCCGGCGGUUUAUCCAGGAAAAAACACCCAUCCCCAUCCAAUUUGUCAUGCAAAAUAUGCAUAAGCUGCAGUGUUUGCCAUACAAAAAAAGAAUGGAAAAGGGUGUUUUUUCAUAGAUACGGUUAGACCUGAUUCUCCAACGCGCGAGCGCGGCGUCCGCGGCCCAGACUGGCGGCGGGAGUACAGGUUCGUCCGGGUUUGUUGUAACAAGGCAAAACUUGGGGAUGGUAGGAGGAGGAGGUGCUGGUCGUCGUGACAGCGGCAACGACUUGCAGCGGGGUGAUCCUGCGUCAGCAUCCCUGCGGGCCGCCGCCGUCGCGCCGAGUAGUUCUAGUACUCGUGCAGCGACUUCUGGUGCGACGCCAGAGCUACACGGUAAUCGUAAUUCAUCAUUCGCUGCGAGGGCUGCACCUGGACCUGCAAGUGCAACGUCCUCCUCCUCAUCGCAUCAUGCAGGAGCACUGCCCCCGCCACCGCAGCAGACCGUGCGAAGACCUUCACAACAAGCUGCAGAUCCGCCCCGGCAGCUUCGCCCCACAAAGUCCGAUGUGCCGCCGCCGAAACGGAUGCAGACGACAGGGUCACUGGACAAUUCCCUGCGGCGCGUGGAACUCGAAGCGGCUGCGCGGACGGCAAGGGAGGGGGGCAAUGAGGCGGCGUACUUUCGGCAGCGCAUGAUGGUGGCAAAUUGCGCGGCGAGGGCAGGAGGCGGCGCGGUAGCCCGGGGAGGCGGAGAGCAACAACAAAUUGGUGCGGGUGCUGCGCCUACUAGCCCGUUUCAGCAGGCUAGGACAACCAGUCGCGGAGCAGCAGCAGCAGAUCCAACUACCGGUAAUGCGACUGCUGAUACGUCACGCGUGAACGCGGACGUGGCUUCGCACGCGGCCGCAUCAUCAUCAACAACCGGCUCUGCUACUGCAACUAGAGCUGGUAAUGUCAGUGGUACCACUCAUGCUGGUGUUGACAUUGACACGUCCACCGCCGGACAACCCCACAGCCCAGUAGAACAACCUGAAUCGCGCACAAGGUCUCGUGCUGAGAACCAUCAGCACAUUGUGAACAGUAUUCGACGCAUGUCAAGCUGUGAUAACGUGGCCUUAACGAACCGGUUGAGGUUACAGGAGAGAAACCAAUCCUUGCUGGCGAGGGAGCAGGAGUUGCAGUUGCGCGAGCAAGCAGUGCGAGAGUUGGAAUUGGAACAACAGCUGGAAAACGAACGACGGGCAGCAGCUGCUGCUCAGGUGGAGUAUGAUGACCUACAGAACACCAGAAUGGGCUUAUCUAACCAAGUAAACCAGCAAGGGCGGCAGCUAUUAACACGAACAGCUUCAGCUUCUUCCCCCUCCGCGACGAAUCAAAAUCAGUCGCGACGCCUAGUGCGCCCACAUACUACCAGGACUACGAAAAGUGCGUGGGCAGUUGGGGUAGGAUCACCCGGGAGGCAGCUUGCUCGUGCUCCCCUCUCCAUCUCCGCUUCGGCGACCAGUUUACACGAUAAUUAUGCGCGACGAGGAGCAGGAGUGGCGACGCAGCAGAAUGUAGUGGACCACCAAAAUGGAUCGAGUGCUACUAAUAUGCCCGCUGCUAGUGCCAGUGGCUGUGGCCCAUCGCACGCAAAUGUUCGUCGCUCUGCAGGAGCGUGGCCGCCUGCAAGCCCGCUCGGAGCAGUGCAGCAAUUGAAUGCAAUGAGCGACCAUGGCGGAGUUGAGCAAAUGAUCAUGUCCGCAUCAGCUGGGGACGAGCACUUGCAAUAUGCACCAGAAUGCGCCACAGUGCCUGUCGGCUUUAAUGCACCCUUGCUCAGUACGACGCUAUUAGCACCGCAACAGCCCCCGCAGGUGGCAGCGGUACCACAGCCGGGAGGUUUGCUGGAGUUGGGAACGCCUAAUAUGCAGGUCGGAGCCGGAGCAAGCGUCGCCGCGAGUUGCGGAUCCCCGCCGAACUCUCCGUCUUGCACUACGCGGGCUGUCGGAGCAGGUUCGCUCAUGAAUCUCCCGAACUUUUCCACUUGCUUCCCCGGUGCUUGUGGUGCCGCUGGUGGCGGCAGCUCAAUGCGUUUCUCCUGCACUAACUACACAGGAACGACGACGACUCCGUGCACGACUGCUAGUUCUGUGGUGCGACAACACUCGGCCUCUCCGAUUUUGCAGCAAGUUCAGCAACAACCUAGCCCUUCAAUUGGUCCGCCAGUGAACGCGCAGGGCAGGGUAAUUUCGCGGAACAGAAGCCCUGACAAUUCAUCUGUAGGGGCAAUCGCCGCCGCAGCCUCGGCUAGUACCACCGGCGUGACAAGGAGAGCCACCUCGCCGGUGCAAGCUCAGGCGAUGUUGCAACAGCAGCUGUUGCAUCAACAGCACCAGGGUACAUUCCUUGGUCCCGGUCCGGCGCAAAACUUGCAGCCCGUUCUUCCGGGUUGUAGUACAACUUCUCUUCCACCAGCUGCGAGUACUGCUGGUGCGCCAGCAUCUCCACCACUGUUGCCGUACCACCGUUCUCCUCCGUUGGUUCACACAGGCUCCCAGCCGUACCAAGUAGUCCGCGGGUUCGUCGUACCGACGGGAGGGAAUGCGAACAUCGUCUUUUCAUCGACGGCCCAGCAGCAACAGCAACAGCUUGUUUCAUCGGGAGCAGGGACAGGACACACGGGUGGAGGACCACAGCCUGCUGGGGCUGCCGCCGGUCCACCUGGAGCUGGUUUUGGAAGGGCGUGCUCGCCCCCCGCGUCGCCGUUUUUGCCGCAUCGAAAUCUGAACAUGUAAAGCGAAAGAGUAAAAGGCAACGUAAAGGCGCUCCUGGCGCUUUUAGACUUCUGUUUGCGGCCGCAGGCCAUAGAAAAACGUAAACGAGCAGAAAUCUUCCAAAUCAAUACAGUAUGACGAGUAUCCGAUUUUGACCCAAUGUAGAAAUAGGUUGUUUCAUGUCGUCUUUGGAUGACUUUUGAAUAAUUUGUAGUUUUUUUGAAAUACAAUUAAAACUAUAAGUAGUCCAGCACUAGGCGACGGUAGUACAACCUGCGGAAGAUGCUCCUAUCAACCGUGACACCGGAUCUGGAACGGGUAGCCCACGACCUCGUCUCAGAUACAGACUGGCGUUGCAGCUGUGGGCGACCAACUUCCUGAGAACAAAGUACUACGUAGGCACAGUUCUUGUUCUUUCCUUUCUCCCUUCCAGCUCGUCCACGAGGGCACUGGAAGAGGUAGCAUGUGGAACCUAGCACUGCGAAUUCGGGUCUGAGAAAUGUACAUCACCACAGAGAAUAGUUUCGUUUGGUACCUUUUUACUUGUACAACUGUCCAGCGAAGAACAAAUUGAAUCGAUGCAUCACUUCUGGCUUCGUUCCUUGUGACGGACGAGCAAAUGAUGCACCUUCGACGUUUUCUUCGGUUUGACACUGUCCUGCAUCAGAAGCCUUUCGAUCAUGCACACAAACUCACGACUACGACGUCAUGACGGUGGCCGGAAUUCUGUAGCAAGCAGCUCUUCAAAAUGUGCUGUAGCUGUUCUCCGUAAAUUCACUUUUGCCGGAAUGGUCGCGCGCCU